AAUAUCGAUUUAGAGAUGCAGAACCCAAUGCAGCACCACAACGCCUCACUGCGACAACUCCAGGAAAGACAGGUUAUGUUGUCGGUCAUCGAUAGAGGGCGACAUCUAUGAUUGUUUUGUCGAGUCAACUAUACUUGAUUUCUUCUUCGACCUUGUAAACUGUUCCAGUAUCAGGUAUCUGGACUGUUGAGAUUUGAAAAUGCUCCUGGGAUAUCAUUGUUGCAUGUUCUCCUGGCGUUUGGAAAGUACUGCCUGGUGAAGAUUUGCACGACAAAGACAAGGCGUUGGGGUUUAAUCCCUGAAGAGGUCUGUGUGUAUGUUGUUGUGAGGCCACCAUGUCAUCUGGCUGUCCACCACAGUCACCAGCUGUGGCGAAGACAGAAGUGACGGUGGACGGCCCCUGUCCCCUGUUGGCCGCCACCUUUGCCUACUGGGACAACAUCCUGGGUCCACGUGUGCGCCACAUCUGGGCCCCAAAGCAGCCGGCCCCCGACUUCAACCUGUUGCUUAGCGAUGGCGAGGUAACUUUCCUCGCCAAUCACACGCUGAACGGAGAGAUCCUCCGCAGUGCAGAGAGUGGUGCGGUAGAUGUGAAGUUUUUUGUUCUGGCUGAGAAAGGCGUUCUCAUCGUAUCCCUGAUCUUCGACGGGGAGCUGAAGGGAGACAAGAACACUUGUGCCCUGUCGAUUAUCCUACCACAGACUGAACUGGGCUUCUACUUGCCCCUGCACAACGUGUGUGUAGAGCGGCUCAAGCACAUCAUACGCAAGGCUCGAAUCUGCAUGCAGAAGGGUUUCAACAUCAUCUCUGUUCUGACUUCUGAGAUCAUACCCAUCAUCGAGCUCCUGUCUUCUAUGAAAACUCACAGCGUACCGGAGGAAGUUGAUAUUAAAGACACUGUGCUAAAUGAUGAUGAUAUAGGAGACAGCUGUCCUGAGGAUUUCCUGACGAAGGCCGUCAGCUCUCACUUACAGACCUGUGGCUGCUCCAUGGUAGUUGGCAGCAACCCAGAAAAAGUGAAUAAGAUGGUGCUGACACUCUGUCUGUUCCUCACCCCCACUGAGAGGAAAUGUUCUCGCCUCUGCCAAGCCGACGGCUCAUCCUGCAGAUACGAUAGUGGUUUGUUUGUGCAGGGCCUUCUGAAGGAUGCCACGGGUAGCUUCGUGCUGCCGUACCGGCAGGUGCUGUACGCACCGUACCCCACCACACACAUCGAUGUGGACAUCAACACCGUGAAACAGAUGCCGCCGUGCCACGAGCACACGUACCACCAGCGCCGCUACCAGCAGGCUGAGCUGAGCGCCCUGUGGCGAGCCCCCAGCGAGGAGCUCGUCGGGCCUGACAACAACCUCACACUGCCGCACGACUCCUUCACGCCUGACUUGAACAUAUUCCAGGAUGUCAUGCACAAAGACACACUGGUCAGAUCAUUUAUAGAUGAGGUGUUCCAUUUGAAACCAGGGCUUCAGCUGCGCAAUGUCUAUCUCUCCCACUUCUUGCUGCUCCUCCACAGGAAAGCGCUCACACUGCUGCGCUACAUAGAGGAUGAGACUCAGAAGGGCAAGAAGCCGUUCCGAUCCCUGAGAAGCCUGAAGACUGACCUGGAUCUGACCAUAGAGGGCGACCUGAACAUCGUCAUGGCCUUGGCAGAGAAACUCAGGGCUGGGCUUCACUCCUUUGUGUUUGGCAAGCCCUUCUACACCAGUGUGCAGGAGCGCGACCUUCUCAUGAACUUUUGAGCUCUGUCGACGCGGGACAGUAUUAACACGAUUGUGUCUUCAUAUCAGAAGGAUGCCUUCCAUAUGGCCGUCACUUGUUGUUGACUAUGAAUGUGCUGCUAACAGCUCUGGAGGUUGACAGUGGCAUUCUAUAUGAGGCCAUUGGAGUUACUAUAUGUGCUUGAUGGUAAUCAGGAAGUUUAAGGUGUAACUGGCAAACUUGUUGCGGCUUGAAGUGAGCCAUUUUAUGUGUUUACACAUUUGUAUUAUUUUGAAGCCAUUUGUGAUUUAUUUUGCACACUGUGAAUUGUAUGUUGUCUGCUGACAGCUUUGUGGAAUUUCAAGAUGAGAAUUAUGGUUAUUUUUCAACCCUGUACUUUUCUUUUUGUUUGGAAUAUCAAAAUGGCCAUAUGUACAUAAUGUACAUUCUUAAAAUCUGCUCACAUUCUAACACCUAUCGAUGCUCUGGUUAGGUUUUAGUAAUGUUGUGUGUUUGUAUGCUCAAAGGACUGUACAGAAACAGUGAAAAAAUACUGUAUCUUCACAUCUCUGUCCUCUCCUGCUCAACUGGAGUUUGGGUUACAUGUGACCUUAGGUAAUAGACUGAUUAAAAUCCUGAAUGUAUUACUGUGUUGGUUUCAAGAAAAGUUUGAUAUUCCCCCAUUCAUUUGUUAUUUUUCAGCUGUCUUUUUCCUAUCAGUGACUGGCAUUCAUUUGGAGUGAACUAAUGGUGUAUGUGUAUGUGUUCUGGUGUGAAUCUGAAUGUGUGUUCUGAUGGUGGUCUCUACAGUUUACACAUGUAUUCUUUUCUGAACGACCAGAGCCUAUAUUUUGAAACAAAUACUGAUUGUGAUACUGUUGGUCUUAACAUGAUUAACUACAAACCAAAAAAAUCACAAUGUCUAUUAACUUAACAUUAUUGAUACACGACAGAAUGUGUGAUUCUAAAAAUUGAUAUUGUUUAUGCACGUCCGAUUUCAUUUAAUGUGUAAUGAAAUAAAAAUGAAAAUAAUA